AUGCUACCGAACUCUUUAUCUGCUCUCUCUUUAUCUGUUUCGGCUCUUUCAAUAAAUAAUGAACUGCUUAGCCUGUCCUCUUAUAAAGAGAAGGAAGGAGCCCCAGAGAAGCGGAAGGAAAGAGCGACCUUUCUCUUCCAUUCAAACUUCUUAGUCAGAGACUUUGUAUUACUAAUUUCUUCUUCAUCUUUGUAUUAUAUCAUCAAAAGCAAACAGUGCAAACACCCCUCCAUCCCGCCCGCGCCCCCCACCCCACCCUCUGUUUUUCUGCCACCCGUCGCCGCCAUCAUGGCCUUUGCUCGUCCUUCUUCUUCUUCCUCUUCUUCCUUCCUGCUCGCUUCCAUCCGUCGUCCUCACACUCUCCAAUCCAUCGCAUCUCAACCAAAGCUAUCCAGGUCGUUUCACAAGACUUCGCCCAUCAUGUCUAACGUUUACUUUGACGUCCAGUACACCGACAAGAACAACACUGUUCAGGACGGCCGCAUCAACUUCAAACUCUAUGAUGAUGUUGUGCCAAAGACCGCUGCCAACUUUAGGGCCCUCUGCACCGGCGAGAAGGGUUUCGGAUACUCUGGCUCUGGUUUCCACCGUAUCAUCCCAGGCUUCAUGAUCCAGGGUGGUGACUUCACCCGUGGAAACGGAACCGGUGGAAAGUCCAUCUACGGUGAGAAGUUCGCCGAUGAGAACUUCAACCGCAAGCACGACCGCCCCGGUCUCUUGUCCAUGGCCAACGCCGGCCCCAACACCAACGGCUCUCAAUUCUUCAUCACCACCGUUGUCACCUCCUGGCUUGAUGGAAAGCACGUCGUCUUCGGCGAGGUCGCUGAUGACAAGUCUAUGGAGAUCGUCAAGUGUCUCGAGGCCUGCGGCAGUGCUUCCGGCGCCGUCAAGACCAGCCACAAGCCCUGCAUCAAGGGCUGCGGUGUCUUGUAA